CCAGAGAGAGAGGGAGAGAAAGAGAAACUGGGAAUCGGUCGGGUCAUCAGAAGAGAGAAAGAGCUGAAGGACAGUAAACAGUAAUCUCUGAGGGCUACAGCACAACACAACACAACCUUACUGCUGCCUACCUGUGUCCUGAACCCUGGUUGUCAGGGAUAUCUCCAUGGAGAUGCACUCCCACAGGUAGGGGAGGGCUUUCAGGGAGAGACCCUCACCUUGAUGGAGCCACAGUGGAACAGAGAAACUAAAGAGCACAGCAGGCAGAUAAGGAGGAGGACCACCUGUAGAAGAACGAGUGGAGUUAAAUCAGCAGAAGAAGGACGUUGGAUGAAUCUUAAGAGUUAGGCAGGAUGGGUUUUGAUCUGGAGAGGUUUGUGGGCUAUGUGAAUGAGGGCCUCCUGUGCUGUGUGUGUCGAGACGUGUUGGAGCGCCCCCUCCAGGCUCCUUGUGAACAUGCCUACUGCAGCGCCUGCAUCAGCAGCUGGCUGCUCCAUCACCACUCCUGUCCCGAGGACAGACAGCCACUGGACGUAGGCAGCCUCAAACCGCUCUACAGGUACAUGCGUAACGACCUGAACCGUCUGCAGAUCCGCUGUGUGAAUGCAGGUCAGGGGUGUGAAGUGGUCUGCUCCUUGGAAAACCUGCACACACAUGAGGAUGAGUGUGAGUUUGCCUUCAUCUCCUGCUCUAAUACAGGUUGUCCCGUGCAGGUGGAGAGGCGGGGCUUGGAGGCUCACCUGUCAGAGUGUAACUUCCGCAGCAGAGAAUGUCCAAACGGUUGCGGCCACACUCUUCUGUCUAUGGACCAAUCACAGCAUAAUUGUGUAGCAGAGCUGCGCACUGAGGUUGAGCUGCUCAGGGCAGAGAUGUUAUGCAAAGUGGAGGAGGUAAGACGAGAGAUGGAGUCUCGUUUGGACUCCCAGAGGAGACACAUGGUGCAGAAAGAGUCCCAGCUGAAGAACGAGGUGGAGGAGCUCAAGGGCCAGUUGUCCCGUGUGAUGUGUGACAUGCGUGCCCUGUUGGGAGCAGAGCGUCUGAGGAGACAGGAGCUGGCAGAGGCAGAAUUAGAGAAAAGAGAACUGCUGGAGCUCCUCAGAGACCUGCCCACCAGGAGUCACCCACCUACGGAACCAACAGCCAGAGACGAGCAUCAGGGAACCCAGCAGAACCCCGGUCAGCUGCACAAGGAGCUGACAAGACACCAGCAGAGGGAGGCGUCUUUACACGGCUCCAGUCUGUCACUACAUUCAGCUCCGGCCGUUAAUGCUUCAGGGCCGCCUCCGUCGCCCCAAGUGGGCGAGAGGGCACGCAAGGGUGGCACCCGGAGUCUGACUCUAGACUGCAUCAAGAGGAAGAGCCGGGAGGUUACCGUUAUCUGAAAACACUGGACCAGCAGGGGAUUAACCAAACCAGAAUGGAUCUUUAUUUUUUUAAUAUUUGUCUAAAUCUCUCUCAUGAUUUUCAAACCACCCCAGAGUGUGCACAAAAAGACUAGAAAUAAUAAAACUGGAAGUUAGAGUCGAUCAAAUUGUUGUCAGGUUUUAGUCGCUGCGAAAUGAACAUCUUUUCUUGUGAUUGUAAAAUAAUACAGAACAUUGAAUCAUUUUUUUGUAGCUCAGAUCUUGUGUAAUAUUUUCAGAUUAUUUACUGUUGGAUUAUGUAUUUAUCAUCAUGACUUUAACUCCAUUUCCCCUUGUUGUCUUGUUAGUGAAAACCACACUCGA